UUUUCUGUGUUUAAGGGCGGAGUUUGUUGUACUCGCCUCAGAAGAAAGUCGGCUCGCGUCUCAGAAGAAAAAAACUUUUUCUUGUCAGAUUUUUUAAAGUCCUCGGUCAGAAACCGUGUAGAAAUGAUGAAUAACAUGCUGACCAGUGUGCUGAGACUGACCGCGCGGUCAGUGCGGGGUGUUUCUGUGUCCCAGAGACCCGCGCGCUGGAUGUGUUCCUCCUCCUCAGAUGAAGAGGUGCUGAAGAACCUGGGUCAGAUGGUGAAGAAGGACAAGGUGGUGGUCUUCAUGAAGGGAACUCCCGCGCAGCCCAUGUGCGGCUUCAGCAACGCCGUGGUGCAGAUCCUCAGGAUGCACGGAGUGGACCAGUACACGGCUUAUAACGUGCUGGACAACCAGGAGCUGAGACAAGGUGUGAAGACGUUCUCCAACUGGCCCACGAUUCCUCAGGUCUUCUUUAAUGGAGAGUUUGUGGGUGGAUGUGACAUUUUACUGCAGAUGCAUCAGAGUGGAGACCUGGUGGAGGAACUGGACAAACUGGGCAUCAGAUCAGCACUGCUGGACACACAGACCCCCUCCAACUAGGGUGUGUGUGUGUGUGUGUGUGUGUGUGUGUGUUCAUUCAUGAUGUCGGAGUAUCUUCAGUAAUCAGUCCAUUUCUGUGAAUUUUUUUAAAUCAAUAAGAGAAACACUGAUGUGUGUGUGUUCAUGCUGUACAAUCACUAGUGUGUGUGUGAGAGAGAGAGAGAGAGAACUUUAACAAUAAAAUCUAUUAAAUUUCCUUA